AUGCUUUCCUACACUCUGAUCUCUCUUCUCGGCCUUGCUUCUACGGCGCUCACUCAAGUUGCCAAUAUCAAUUUCUACGAGAACGACGAUGUCUGUCAAUCGGGUCUCUUUGCGUCUUGCAUAGACUUGGCGCCCAACACAUGCUGCGCUUUGGCACCCAACCAGCUCGCAACCUGCAUGGACUUCGCAACGACUACUGAGGGUGGCAUUGGCACCGCUUUCUCGUCUCAAGCCGGCAACCAGUGUGGCGUUGUCCUUGAGAGACUGGACAGCGGGGUCUGUGUCUGUCCUACUGGAUUUCCCGUCAUCUCGGGCGGUAACUGGAACACCUCGACUUCAAGGCUCGAAGCCCGUGAUACGCCUUGUGAGCCAGUUGCGCCCAAUGCCUUUGGAUGGACUGAGAACGAUUCUACCUGGAUGGUGUACAAAGAGGACAAUGCAACUUAUACCAAUGUUGCUGAAGCUAUGGCAAACGGUACCGCCAACAGCGAUAUUGCCAAGUUUAUCAUGGAGCAUGGACAGCAGGUUUAG